AUGGCAUCUCAAGCGAAGUGGGAGCAAGUCGCUGCGGGGAAACGCGCAGCCCUCGCGGAAUCCAUUCCGGCGGCAUAUCGCAUUCCUCAAGAUAAACUACCGCCAGAGACACAGCUCAAUGUCACGACUUGGCCCAAGGAGUCGGGGUGGUUUACGGCACAGGAGUUGGAGAUUACAGAUAGCACAGCCUCCCACAUCCUGGAAAAGGUUGCGGCCAAGGCAUGGAGCGCAGAGGACGUCACGGCCGCCUUCUGCAAACGCGCCGCAGCAGCCCACCAACUGACAAACUGCCUUAGCGACGCCUUCUUCGACGAGGCAAUUGCACAGGCCAAGGCCCUCGAUGAACAUAUGCAGCGAACGGGCCAGACCAAAGGACCACUCCAUGGCUUGCCCAUAUCGCUCAAGGACAAUUUCAAUGUCAAGGGAAAGGAUAGCACGGUCGGGUUUACAUCGCUUGUGGGCAAGCCAGUCGAGUACAAUUCGACCCUUGUGGACCUGCUCGAGAAGCUCGGCGCGGUGCGGUAUUGCAAGACCAAUGUCCCAACUGCCAUGAUGAUUGCCGAGUCUGUUAACAACACGUUUGGACGUACCACCAAUCCGCUAAACCGCAAAGUCACGUCUGGGGGGUCCUCGGGCGGAGAAUCGGCUCUCAUUGCAUUCGGAGGCAGUCCUUUGGGUGUUGGAACCGACAUUGGCGGUAGUUUGCGAAUACCGGCUGCGUGUACUGGUAUAUUUACUCUUCGCCCAUCCUUCGGCCGCUUCACAACGCAAAAAUGCACAUCAGGCCUCGCGGGCCAGGAAGCUGUACAAAGCGUCAAUGGGCCCAUGGGAAAGACCCUCGAGGAUAUUACCAUGUACUCAAAAGCGGUUGUUGAUGCGCAGCCGUGGAAACUAGAUCCCAAGAUGCUGCCAAUGCCGUGGCGAUCAGUCGAGCUUCCGAAGAAGCUCAAGAUAGCGGUGCUCUGGAAUGACGGCAUGUGUUUGCCCACUCCCCCGGUAACACGGGCGCUGAAAGAGACGGUGGAAAAACUGAAAAAUGCAGGGCAUGAGGUUGUUGAUUGGGAUCCCAAGCUGCAUCCAAAGGCGCUCGAGCUCCUGGGACGAAUGUUUGUUGCAGAUGGCGGUAAGAGCGUCGAGGCACUGCUCGCCCCGACGGACGAACCGUUUCGGCCUGAGAUGCAAGCAUACAGGGACGCCUCAGAGUUAGGCGUCCGUGAUAUGUGGAAGUUGCAUUUGGAGAGAUCUGAGCUACAACGACAGUACUUGGAGCAGUGGAAUUCUAUUGAAGGGCUCGAUGCCAUUCUAGCGCCUACUACCCCUUACUCGAGCACAGCACAUGGCGACUUCAAAUACGUUGGAUAUACUGGCGUCUACAAUGUUGUAGACUACUCGGCUGUGUCAUUCCCCUGUGGAGUCUCGGUCGACAAGACAAAAGACAAGUGCUUGAGUGAUCAUACGCCUCAGAGUGAUUUUUGCAAGGAUGCUCAGGAAAGCUAUGACCCUGAGCUAUUGCAUGGAUUACCUGUGAGCUUACAGCUUGUUGCUCACAGACUUGAAGAAGAGAAGGUGCUUGCCAUGACCGAAACAGUUCUGCAAGCAGUACAAUAAUAGAUGCCCGUUAGAAAUACAACUAAAUCUAAACGAG